AGCUUUUUACGCAUGCGCACCAUUUGUUUGCGACUGUCUCCGCUGGUCUCCGCCGACCGUCCGUCAAGCCGUCAAGUUGUAGUCCUCGUGGUCGAACAGUUGUCCGGUUACCUCGUCGAUAUUACUGAAAAUGUCAGGAAAAUCUAAGGCAUUUACCAAAGAAGAGGAGCUGCUGCUGCAGGACUUCUCCAGGAACGUGUCGACGAAGUCCUCGGCGUUAUUCUACGGCAAUGCCUUCAUCGUUUCGGCGAUACCCAUUUGGUUGUUUUGGAGAAUACAUUUGAUCGAUCUAUACUCCAACUUGAUCUCUUUUGUAUUGGUUACGUUGGCAAGCACAUACGCUCUUGCCUUGGCAUAUAAAAACACAAAAUUUAUCCUCAAACAUAAGAUUGCUGUAAAAAGAGAAGAUGCUGUAACUAAGGAAAUAAGUCGCAAACUUGCAGAGGACAAGAAGAUGAGCAAAAAAGAAAAGGACGAGAGGAUCUUGUGGAAGAAGAAUGAAGUGGCAGAUUAUGAAGCAACAACAUUCUCAAUUUUCUACAAUAACGCCCUGUUCCUAGCAUUCGUCAUCGUAUCUUCGUUUUACAUUUUAAAAACGUUCACGCCUGCGGUAAAUUAUAUACUAUCCGUAGGUGCUACCAGUGCAUUCUUAGCACUGUUUUCAACGGGAUCCCAAUAAUAUAUACUACAAACUCAUGUAUUCUGUUAACUAAUUUCAUAAGAAAUCUCCAUCUGUUCGAUUUACCUUUUGAUAUGGAACAAUCAUGGAUAAUAAACACAUUUCUAUUUAUAAUAAAAUCAUUUACUACGAAUUAUUUGCUAUCUCCAGACAAGUUGGUGAACCAGUUACUAUAGUUUAAAACUAAAAUUUAAAAAUUGUUUUUAUUAAGUAAUAAAAUAAAACCAUCUUAUACAUUUGACAUUUUUAUAAGCAUAAUUUUAAUUAAACUCCAAUUAAUUUAAUCAGUAAGUAAUUAGGCUAAUAAAAUUAGCAAAGUUUGUAAAUAUAUAAUAUAUUGUCCUUAAAUUAAUCUUCCUUCCUAUGUGUCAAACAAUAAAAAUUAAUGAUUCUGUCCA